AUGGAGUGCGCCCUCCUGUUCGCGUGCGCCCUCCGGGCCGCCGAUCCCGGGCCACCGUGGGGCCCCGUGGGACUAGGGCGUCUGGCCAAGGCGCUCCAGCUGUGCUGCCUCUGCUGUGCUUCGGUGGCCGUCGCCUUAGCCAGUGACAGCAGCAGCGGUGGCAGCGGAUUAAAUGAUGAUUACGUCUUUGUCACGCCAGUCGAAGUGGACUCGGGCGGGUCAUAUAUCUCACACGACAUUUUGCACAACAGGAAAAGGCGAUCGGCACACGGUGCCAGCAGCUCCCUGCACUACCGCUUUUCAGCAUUUGGACAGGAUCUACACUUAGAGCUUAAGCCCUCGGCAAUUGUGAGCAGUCACUUUAUAGUCCAGGUACUUGGAAAGGACGGUGCUUCAGAGACUCGGGAACCCGAGGCACAUCAGUGUUUGUAUCAGGGAUUUAUCAGAGAUGACAGCUCGUCCUCUGUUGCUGUGUCUACGUGUGCCGGCUUGUCAGGUCUGAUAAGGACACGAGACAAUGAAUUCCUCAUCUCACCGCUACCUCAGCUGCUGGCCCAGGAACACAACUACAGCUCGCCUGCAGGCCACCAUCCUCACGUCCUGUACAAAAGGACAGCAGAGAAGAGGGUCCAGCGGUACCAAGACUACCCUGGCUCCCGCCGGACUUAUCCUGGUCAUUCCCCAAGUCACACUCCCCCUGCUUCCCAGAGCCAAGAGACAGAGUAUCGCCAUCGAAGGUGGCAAAAGCAGCAUUUUUGUGGACGACGCAAGAAAUAUGCCCCCAAGCCUCCUGCAGAGGACACCUAUCUACGCUUUGAUGAAUAUGGGGGCACAGGGCGGCCCAGAAGAUCCGCUGGGAAGUCACAGAAGGGUCUCAACGUUGAAACCCUCGUGGUGGCAGAUGCGAAGAUGGUGGAAAAGCACGGCAGGGGUGACGUCACCACGUACAUUCUCACCGUCAUGAACAUGGUUUCUAGCUUGUUCAAAGACGGGACCAUUGGAAGCGACAUAAACAUUGUGGUUGUGAGCCUAAUUCUUUUGGAACAAGAACCUGGAGGAUUGCUGAUCAACCACCACGCAGACCAGUCUCUAAAUAGCUUCUGCCAGUGGCAGUCUGCCCUUGUGGGAAAGAAUGGCAAGAGGCACGACCACGCCAUCCUCCUCACGGGAUUUGACAUCUGUUCCUGGAAGAAUGAGCCAUGUGACACGCUAGGAUUUGCUCCUAUCAGUGGAAUGUGCAGUAAGUACCGAAGCUGUACCAUCAAUGAAGACACAGGACUUGGUCUUGCCUUCACCAUUGCACACGAGUCAGGGCACAACUUCGGCAUGGUUCACGAUGGGGAAGGCAACCCCUGCAGGAAGGCAGAAGGCAACAUCAUGUCACCCACACUGACUGGAAACAAUGGGGUGUUUUCAUGGUCUUCCUGCAGCCGACAGUAUCUCAAGAAAUUCCUCAGUACACCACAGGCUGGCUGUCUGGUGGAUGAGCCCAAGCAAACAGGACAGUAUAAAUAUCCGGACAAACUCCCAGGACAGAUUUAUGAUGCCGACACACAGUGUAAGUGGCAAUUUGGAGCCAAAGCCAAGCUGUGCAGCCUUGGGGUUAUGAAGGAUAUCUGUAAAUCACUCUGGUGCCACCGCGUGGGCCACCGAUGUGAGACCAAGUUCACGCCCGCAGCAGAAGGAACCGUUUGUGGCUUGAGUAUGUGGUGUCGACAGGGCCAGUGUGUGAAGCUUGGAGAGCUCGGGCCCCGGCCCAUCCACGGCCAGUGGUCUGCCUGGUCGAAGUGGUCAGAAUGCUCGCGUACUUGUGGUGGAGGAGUGAAGUACCAGGAAAGGCACUGUAGUAACCCCAAGCCUCAGUAUGGUGGCAAGUUCUGUCCAGGAUCUAGCCGUAUCUACAAACUGUGCAACAUUAACCCUUGUAAUGAAAACAGCUUGGACUUCCGUGCCCAGCAGUGUGCCGAGUAUAACAACAAACCCUUCCGGGGAUGGCUGUACCGGUGGCGACCCUAUACCAAAGUUGAAGAGGAAGAUCGAUGCAAACUCUACUGCAAGGCUGAAAACUUCGAGUUUUUUUUCGCCAUGUCCGGCAAGGUGAAAGAUGGGACCCCCUGCUCCCCACACAGAAACGAUGUCUGCAUCGACGGGAUUUGUGAGCCUGUGGGAUGCGAUCAUGAACUUGGCUCCAAGGCAGUUUCAGAUGCAUGUGGCGUUUGCAAAGGGGAUAAUUCGACGUGCAAGUUCUACAAAGGCCUGUACCUCAGUCAGCACAAAGCAAACGAAUAUUAUCCUGUGGUCACCAUCCCAGCCGGGGCCCGAAGCAUCGAGGUCCAGGAGCGGCAGCUUUCUUCCAGCUAUCUUGCUGUUCGAAGCCUCAGUCAAAAAUAUUACCUCACAGGGGGCUGGAACAUUGACUGGCCUGGCGACUUCACCUUCGCAGGGACCACGUUUGAAUACCAGCGUUCCUAUAACCGCCCCGAACGCCUGUUUGCACCAGGACCCACCAAUGAGACACUUGUCAUUGAAAUUCUGACACAAGGCAAGAAUCCGGGGAUCGCAUGGAAGUACGCACUUCCCAAGGUCAUGAAUGUAACUCAGCUGCCCACCAAGAGGUUCCACCACGCCUGGCACACAGAGCAGUCCGACUGCUCAGUCUCCUGUGGGGGAGGUUACAUAAGCAUCAAGGCCAUUUGCUUACGAGAUCAAAACACUCAAGUCAAUUCCUCAUUCUGCAGUGUCAGAACCAAGCCGGCAACGGAACCCAAGAUAUGCAAUGCUUUCUCCUGCCCAGCCUAUUGGUUGCCAGGUGAAUGGAGUGUAUGCAGCAAGUCCUGUGCCGGGGGCCAGCAGAGCCGGAAGAUACAGUGUGUACAGAAAAAGCCCUUCCAGAAGGAGGAAGCCGUGCUGCAUUCUCUCUGCCCAGUGAGCACGCCCACUCAAGUCCAAGUGUGCAACAGCCACGCCUGCCCUCCAGAGUGGAGUCCCGGGCCCUGGUCUCAGUGUUCCAAGACCUGUGGACGGGGAGUGAGGAGACGUGAGGUCCUUUGUAAAAACUCUGCAGCGGAGACUGUCUCAGAGAGCCUGUGUUCUGGUAGCCCCAGACCUGAGUCACAGGAGGGCUGUGUGCUGGGACGAUGCCCCAAGAACAACCGACUCCAGUGGGUCGCCUCUUCCUGGAGUGAGUGCUCUGCUACCUGUGGUUUGGGUGUGAGGAAGAGAGAACUGACAUGCAGCGAGAAGACUUUGCAGGGGAAACUGAUACCAUUCCCAGAGCGGAGAUGCCGCAACUUGAAGAAGCCAAACCUGGAACUGGAAGAAACCUGCAACAGAAGGGCUUGCCCAGUGUACGGCAUGGUGGCAGGGUGGUAUUCAUCACCAUGGCAACAGUGCACAGUAACCUGUGGGGGAGGUGUCCAGACCCGAUCUGUCCACUGUGUGCAGCAAGGCCGGCCUUCCUCCAGUUGUUUGCUCCAUCAGAAGCCUCCAGUGCUCAGAGCCUGUAAUACAAACUUCUGUCCAGCUCCUGAGAAGAGAGAUGAUCCAUCCUGUGUUGAUUUCUUCAACUGGUGUCACCUGGUCCCUCAGCAUGGGGUCUGCAACCACAAAUUUUAUGGGAAACAGUGCUGUAGGUCAUGCACAAAGAAGAGCUGA